AUGUGUGACUUUCCUUGGAAAAUAUAUUUAGGAAUAUGCAUAUUUGUUUUGGCUAAAAGGGAUUUUCCAACAUUUGCAGAUGAAACCUAUUUGCCAACAGAGGACACAGCACCUAAGGAUAUUUCUUUGGAUAUUUCAUCUGAUACUUGGCAAACAAAUAGAAGUCAUUCUCAGUUUCUGGAUUCUAAGCCUCUUCUUGACUUCAAGGAAUCACAAAAGUUCAGUAGGCAUUUAUUUCGAAUGAAGAGAUCCAUUUUCUUCCCUACUGGAAUUAAAGUAUGCCCAGAAGAGUCUAUUGAACAGGCUACUGCGAAUCAUCUUAAAUAUUUCAAACUUAGAGUCUGCCAAGAAGCUAUUUGGGAAGCCUUCAAAAUCUUCUUGGACAGACUCCCAGGACAAGAAGAAUAUCAAAAGUGGCUAAAUGAAUGUGAAGCAGGAACUGUGAAUAUAUUUGAAAUGGGCACCAAUUUUAGUCAAUCUGAAGAAUAUCAAAGCCUCAUAGCAAAGAAAGUGUCCUAUACUAAAGAAGCAAUGGAUGGUUUUAGGAUGUCAACUCCAUCUCCAGUUGGUGAUACUACCACUCUGAGAGAUAUAGUUGCCAGUAUUCCUCCUCCUCCUGAUGUGGUCUCAACUGAUAGUCAUUUGGACAGAACUGAAAAAACAGAAGAUCAUGAAGUCAGCAAUGAGAUAACAAGAGAUUAUACAAAACUAAUGAAGCCUGCUCAUGAGCAGUUGGUUGUAUUCAGUAUUCUUCUUCCUGAAGAGAAAUACAUCAAUGAGCUAAGCGACCCUUCCACUGAAGAAUACCAACAACUCUCUCAGCAAUUUAUUUCUGAAAUUCAGAAUGCAUAUGAAGGACUGCCUGGAUUUAAGAAUAUCCAUGUAACUGAAUUCAGGUCAACUCAGGACAGCAGGGUAGAAGUCCUGUAUGCUGUGGUUUUUGACAGGGAAGCAAUGAGCAAUGUUAUCUGGGAUUGGAUUAACCUCCAGCCAAACAAAGUGGAACAGAACUCCUUUUCAGAAAUUGAAGACAACUCUACAGUUGUUUAUACAGAUAGUGACUUCAGACAUUACAUUGCUGAGAUCCUCCAUAAGAACAUUCUAUUUGAAAAUGCUUCGUUGCCCUUGGAUCCUGGUUCUCUCCAACUUAUUAAUGUAAAGGAAGUGGCUGUUUCCAUGACUGAAAUCCCAUCAUGGAUUACUGCUAAACCCAUUGAUGAUGAUGAUGCCAUAGUAUCUGAAUGGCCUUCUGCUGAUAAGUCAACUGCAAGCAACAUCUUGCCCUUUGACUUGCCAGGACCAGAUCUUAUCUUUGAUAGUGACAAUAAUGUGUGGAUAAAACCAGAUGGUUCUGUGGACUCUGAAAGUGUUCUCAAUUCAAAAACUGAUAUCACCAUUUCCCCAGAAGAUUUGCUUUUUAUGGAUGAAAAAGAAAAAAUACAUCCUGGGACACCAUUGUUCUUUGAAACUGAUUCCCAUAUAGACUUGGAAAGUCAUUCUAAUUUGUCUUUGUUAGACAUUGGACUUGAAAAAGAGAAAGAGUUGGAAGGUUUGCUUGUGCCUUCAACUAUUUUCCCUCACAUUGUGCCAAAAGAAAUUCUACCUACAAGUGAUUCUGCAUUUCCUCUCAGUCUUACAUCACCAACAGCCUCUGUUUUAGCAGUAGAGCCUAGCACUGAGGAAGAAUUACUUACAACUUCUUUAAAAGAAGAAACUCAGCAAUCGUCUAUAAAUAAAGAAAAGGAUACUAUUGAUUAUUAUGGUUCUGGUUCAGGACAGCAGCCACAAACCAACUUAGAGACCUGGGUGAAAACUGAGGGAUCUGGUAUGCCUGACUAUAAUGAAACAUAUUUUACACCAUAUUCUCCAAAGGAUGAUAUAAUUCGGGAUAUACUAGAUGCAACUAUUUCCCAAUCAUCUCUUGACACAGAAGUCACCUCAGAUGAAAGAGUUGUGCCAUCUACUGAAAUAUACAGCACAAUAAAAUUGCCUUCCACAGAGGGGAAUGAAAUCAUUUCUGAAAUAACAAAAAUCAAUGACUUAAUAUUAACAGAACAGUCAUUAAAAAAUCAGUCAUAUACAACCAUUACAAGAAAAGAAUUAGAAAAGCCGGAAAUAAUUUUAUCAGCAUAUUCUACUAUGGAAAGCCCAGUGAUCCAAUCACCUGAACCUGAAAAAGACUUGGUCACAAAAGAACUGGAAGUUACAGAUCAAGCCUAUGAAGUCACAACUUAUUAUUCCCAUGAAAUGAACUGGGAAAACGGAAUUGUGAUUGAUAGUCAUGUAGAAUUACCAACCAAUCCCCAUUCUACUGAAAUGGUUGGGAUAUCUAGGAUUACUCCUGAAAAUCUCAACAACGUAACUAUCCAUGCACGUGCUUUAGUUGUAUUCUUUAGCCUUCGAGUUACUAACAUGAUUUUUUCAGAGGAUUUGUUUAACAAAAAUUCCCCUGAAUAUAAAGCGCUGGAGCAAAGAUUUCUAGAACUGCUGGUUCCUUAUUUGCAAUCAAAUCUAACUGGCUUCCAGAAUCUGGAAAUUCUGAACUUCAGGAAUGGUAGUAUUGUGGUUAACAGCCGAAUGAAAUUUGCACGGCCUGUGCCUCGCAAUGUCACAAAUUCUGUGUACAUGAUUCUGGAAGAUUUUUGCAACACGGCCUAUCAGACUAUGAACUUGGCUAUUGAUAAGUACUCUCUUGAUGUUGAAUCAGGAGUCCAGGCUGAUCCUUGCAAAUUCCAGGCAUGCAAUGAGUUUUCGGAGUGUUUGGUAAACCAGUGGAGUGGAGAAGCUGAGUGUGUUUGUUAUCCUGGUUAUCUAAGCGUUGAUGGAUUGCCAUGUAAUAGCAUUUGCCUUCUGCAACGUAAUUUUUGUCAAAAUGAUGGCAAUUGUGACAUAAUCGCAGGGCAAGGAGCAAUAUGUAGAUGCCGUGUAGGUGAAAACUGGUGGUAUAGAGGAGAGCGCUGUGAAGAGUAUGUCUCAGAGCCACUUGUUGUGGGAAUUGCAAUAGCUUCAGUAGCUGUCUUUCUUCUCAUAGCCUGUACUGUAACUUUCUUCCUGGCCAGAACCCUUCGAGACCAGAACACAAAAAGUGAAAUUGAAGACUCCUUUGUGCAAGGAGACAGUCUUUCAUCCAUUGAAUAUGCAGUGAAAUACAAUCCAAUGUAUGAAAGUGAUACCACUGGAUACAGCCACUAUUAUCGGAGAUGUCCACAGCUAACUUCAUAUAGCUCCACAAGCAAUGAGACAUCCACUGAAUAUAGCAGUGAGGAGAUCAAACAUAUUUAUGAUAACAAAGAAUUAAGUAAGGAGGAGAUUCAGGACAGAAUAAGGAUUAUAGAACUUUAUGCCAAGGAUCAUCAGUUUGCAGACUUUGUAAAACGACAUCAAAUGUGA